GCGGCGCGUCAUGCCACGCACACACAGGUGAUGUCUAUUAUCUGUGCGUGAUCAGGUGCCGUCCCACAGCCCUCUCUUCCCCGCAGGACAUAUUUCCGGUGGUCGGCGGGCGAGCUGCGGUGCUUCCUCGCAGAUGCCAUGUUUGAGCAGUGAGCAUGGCGGAACAUCAUCUGGAGUACGGCUACCUGGAGGAGGGCGAGUCCAUCGAGGAGCAUUACACCGAGGACCCCGAGCUGGCGGCCAUCAAGGCCAGGGUUCAGGAGAUGGAGAUGGAGGAGGAGACGGAGAGAAUGAAGGAGGAGGAGAGGUGUGACGCCCCGGAGAUGCAGCUACUGACCAGCAGCCCUCGGCCUGGACCAUUCUACAACAUGACUCCUGAGGAGAGGAUAGACGCUGACAACAGAUCAGUCUAUGUAGGAAAUGUAGACUAUGGAGCUACUGCGGAUGAGUUGGAGAUCCAUUUCAACGGCUGUGGGCCUGUGAACCGAGUGACCAUCCUGUGUGACCGCUUCUCCGGCCACCCCAAGGGCUUUGCCUACAUUGAGUUCACUGAGCAAGACUCUGUGCAGACUGCCAUUGGUUUGCAUGAGACCUUGUUCAGAGGAAGGGUCCUUAAGGUAAUGCCUAAAAGGACCAAUAUGCCAGGCAUCAGCACCACAGACAGGGGAGGACACAGAGGAGGUCACACCAGAGGAAGGGGAAGAGGCUUCCGUCCCCCCAGAUAUCACAACAGCUCACGAGGCAGGUUCCGGUACCAGUCAACCAGGCCACCACAUCAAACGCCCCACCCCUAUUACGGAGGCCCUUCAGUGGGGAAGAGACAGUGGGGACACAUGGACUACCAUGAACAGAUGCCUAAACGUUACCCAUGUCUUCUACUUAUCACUCCACCAUCUGAGGAGUUAGGGGAAGGGUCGAGUGGACAACACUACCCCCAGCAGCGCUAACACCACCCACACCCGACAUCGCGAGUGGGUGCAUAGAAAUGAUCAUUUUGACAAAUAUUUCCAGGCAUUACUGAGUUAAGCAUUAUGUGACAGGCACAGAACGGACAGCAAGAAUGACUUUUCAACCCCUGCAUCAGUCUUCAGCUACUACAGAAGUGGAGAAUGGAAACCUGGGAUCAGCAAUGUUGCAUAUAAGCUUAAGUUGCUGUGAAUGCAUGGACAAUCCUCAAAUCGUUAUGCAGUUGCAUCUCUUAAUGUUUUUUAUAAAACUGAAUGUUUUGUGUCGCUGCCUGCAAUGUAAAGUAUAAAGCCUCCCCAUGUAUAACUGUUUCUUUUGCUAUGUAAGUGAAUAAAUAAAACAAUGAAGUGUUGCUCCACUUGUGGUAAAAUGAAACACACGUGGUGAUGUGCAACAACAACAAAAUUUAAUAUAGUUAUGCAUUUCAAAUUUGGAGGCAACAGGUAAACAAAAGAGGAGGGGUAUUAUGUACAGAGGUGGCUGAGCAGGAUGGGUGGGAAGGGCCGUCAGCCAGCUGUCACCAUCAUUCCUGAAACAAUUCCAUCGAAGACCCUGAAGAAGAGUUCAAAAACGAAUUAGAAGUAUUCAAACAAACAGUAAAAGGUUUCGCAAGACAAAACUCACUUUGACUGAAUGGUGUCCCCAGGAUUGUGAAACGGGUUGCACAUUACAUCAGUAAAAGAGUUGUGCAAUUUUCUGAACAUCUGAAAAAAAAGAUAACUGAAUUACUCAAAACAACCAGUUUUCUAUUAAGAUAAAUGUUCAUAAAGCUGUUUUAAACUGACCGUUAUGUCGAAUUACUACACUAAGAGAUUAACAUGUAAUGUAUUGUGGUCAGAAGUUCUGUAUAUAUACACGCUCAAUAA